AUGGCGCAGAGGUUCUUUGACUGCUCGGUGUCCGAGUGCGGAAGACCGAGUGCACGCGCAGUUGCAGCCGGGUGUGAUAUGUGCAGCAGCUACUUCUGUGGAGUUCAUAUGUCUCGGGAUGCAGCACCGGGUGUUUUGCUAACUGCGGGCCGUAUCAAGGACCUGGAUGAUGAAGCCUACAACGCGCUCAUUGCCGCUGAAAUCGGCCGCCUUCGUGCUCAGAUCAAUGAGAAGGCAGUCUGCGAACUCGCCUCCAGCCUGAACAAUGGCAAACCUUGCACCAUCGAAUACCCUUCAGAGGUUGUUGGGUUAGGCGCCCUAACGGGGUUGCCGCAGGUCUCGGGCUUUGCCGUCGGCUUCCCCGUUUCUCUCGCCGAAUACCUCAUCCGCAGCGAGUACGCAACCCUGAAGUUCCUAGAGACUACGGCAGUACCGGCACCGCGGGCCUUCUCGUUCGGCAUCCCGUCUCAAGGUACCGACCAUGGCAUUGGGGUCUGUUUUCUUCUCAUGUCGGGCAAGCCGUGGGAUGGCCAAGGAGACGCCGCCAAGGUCUGGAAGGGUCUCGCCGACAUCUUUGCCGAGUUGGAGAGGCAUCCGUUUACGAAGGCGGGGUCUCUAUAUGUCGAGUCUCCUGAUGACCUCCCGUCGGUCUCUGCUACGGCAAGCGACAUAUUCGUCUGUCUUUACCCAUACGGGCCUUUCGGGACUUCGGCGGCAUACUAUACGGCCUGGGCCGAGCAGUACCUGGUGCUGAUUGCGGACUGUCAGCUCUAUCCCCAGUUUCCUAUCGAGGCCUACUUGGUGUAUCGCUUUCUCCAAGACAAUGCGACCCAGUUGUCCGAUUCUGAAGACAAGUUCUUUCUGAAACACGUCGACGAUAAGGGCGACCACCUGAUGAUGGCGCGUAUCGUUCCGCGACGAGAGGCAUUUGCGCUGUCCCUCGUAUCCGCCGUCAUGAGAGCUCUUUGCGAUGGUGAUGUCUCGCUCAGUGCAAAAGACGUUGCAUUGAGCAAUACCUUGCGCAAGAAGGGGGCGCGCCUGGCAAGCUAUACGGAAGAUGAGAAGGUGAGAAGAUUCUUCUGGGGCUUGGGACUCGAGCCCGAGUGGGCCUGCGCGUUGCCAUUGGCAAAUGCCAUCCUGCAGGUUUUUGGGGUUGAACAGAGCUGGGAUGAAUGGAAAGAGGUAGCAUUGAAGCGGUAUGAGGGCGAUGAACGCCUGAAGGCUCUUGUGGAAGCGCGUUCUGGGAAUAAACAUUAA